AUGUUUGAUGCUUAUCUGGAAGCGCUAAACAGUGUUGAGCAAAAACGCCAACGCAGCCCUGCGACGUCUGGGGCCAAAACCAGUGGGGUACCUACGAACUUGCCGCCAGAGGGCUCACCGCCGCAGGCGACGGAGGCAGAUCAUGAGGCGGACGAUGGCGACUCUGGCGGCUCUUCUUGUUCGGAGGCCAGCGACGUCUCCGACUUCUUCGACACGCUCACGGAGCUGUACCUGUUUUUCCGUGACGCGGACUUAUCACGCCGUGAAGUCAACAGACUGCUUAACAUAUUCCGUAGCCCUCUGUUCAGUUUGAAGGAAUUACGUAAGUGGCGCAACUACGCUGACGUGAAGCGAUGGGGGAAGGAGCGUGCGCCGCCAGAUAUGGUUCCAUGGAAAACAGAGCAUAUCGUCGUGCACGGGCCCAGAGGAAUGUCCCAAAAGCUUCUCUUGCACUUCCGCGACACAGAGCUGCUUGUGAAGAAGCUAGUCCGCAUUUUUUCGCGGAGGAAGGGUUUCGUGUGGAAGCCACAGGAGAAGUACAACGAGAAGGGGAAGCGCGUUUUCGAGGGGCCAGAAACAGGCACGUGGAUGCACGAGGCGCAGAAAGAGAUCAAGGACGACAAGGCUCUGAUUCUCGGGGUCAUCGUGUACAGCGACAGCACUCAGGCGUCGCGCAACGGGCGGCGGAAUGCGUGGCCUGUCCUGAUUUCGCUUAUUAACAUACCGGAGGAAUUGAGGUGGUUUGAGCCGGGCCACACUCUUACGGCGGUGUUGCCCUUUUGCCCGGAAUGGGCUAGCCCGACAGAGAAGGCCCGUGUUUUCCAGGAGGCGCUGAAGAUCAUACUUGGACCCUUGAUGCGGGAAACCGCAAGUGCUCCUGUGAGGUACUUUUAUGUGACAGACGCUACAGGCAACGUGGUCAAGGCGGUACCUUGCCUCUAUGGGUACCCUGGUGACUAUCCAGAGAACAGUAGGGCUUCAGCAACGCUGCAGACGGGCACACAUCGCCCGUGCGCUAACUGCUAUGCAGAAGUGGGAGACCUGACACGGCUGACAGCCAAAAUGGAUCCCCGCACACCGGAGAGGCAGAAGGACAUUUGCGUGCUGGCGCGUUGGAACUUUGGGGACACCACCUGGGGGAACGUCUACCUCGCAUGUCUUGCUGACAUAUUACACGUGUUGGACUCUGGUGUCUUUGUACAGAUGAUGGACGAAUACCUCUCCCCCCUGGGGAAAGUCGAGAUCCGCAUCCUGGAGAGGAUUCCUGGGGGCUCAUCAUUCUUCCUUUCUGGUGCCCACUAUGCGGCGUUCGAACAUCGUGCCAUGAUGCAAAUCAUGCCGAUCAUCAUAGCGGACUCUAGUGCAUUGAAGAGGGGAAAGGCGGGAGAGUUGAGGGUGUUGCAGGUUAGAGCCUUCCGUUUUUACGCCAUGUUCUACAAGGCGUUUUUGGAAGUGGCGGCGCACACCCACGACACGCUGAGAGCGGCGAGGCAACAUGUUGUCGCGUUGAUGGAGCUGCUUCCUCGCGCUUUCCCGGACCAGGCGUCAAAGUGGGAACUUCCCAAGAUCCACAUGAUAAAGCAUCUUCUCGAGAACGUGGAAGCAAGGGGGAUGCCACACCACUACAGCACGGAGAUGUGGGAGCGCACUCACAAGGGGACAGUGAAGGGUCCCGUUAGGGGGAGCAACUGGGCCGACAUUCCAAGGAGAAUUGUGGAUGAGGAGAUGCAGCGGGAGAUUUACAGAGAAGUGGCGGCAGAUGUGGGAGGAGGUCGGCAGUAUGUGUCAGCGCUGCGUGUGGCCGUGGAAGAGAUGGAGCCAGUGCUGAUGAAGAAGUACAGGGUCAUGCGCCUCGGAGGCACCGCGGACAAGGUGUUUGCCGAGUACGCAGCGGUAUUUGGGGAUCAGAUGGCGGGCCUACCAGGUCAGCUGAGGCAGAUGCAGAUGGCGUGUGGCAGUGUGCAGGUAAUUGAGCUUAUGACACACACAGCAGUGGCCAUACCACGGACACAGGGUGGUGUGCUUGUGGCGAAGGGGACGUUCGUAAAGGCAUCCCCGCGAGAGAAGCUGUUCUCAGAUGUGGCACUCUUGGCUCCUGAAGGCGGAGAUUGGUUUGCUAGAUGCCUCUGUAUUUUCAAGGCAUUGAACGCGGAGGGCAAGUGGACUGGGUGUGCCUACGUGAGUAUGAGCUCGGUGAAGCCCCCGUUGAAGGACAUCGUACAGAAGCUGAAAGUGCUCCCCGACGAUGUGUUUCUGUUUGUGGAGAUACCGUUUAUGCCCAGCCGGUUGCCGAAGACCAAGAUACCGGGGAGGAACGGAACCCCGUGCGACCGGAUCAUAAGUGUGGGCUUCCUAUACAACGCGACGGGGACCUGCACCACGGUGCCCCUUGUGGUGUUGCGCCAUGACGAGCGCCCCGAACCUAGGCGCAGCGGGGAGCCAGCACCGGCGGUGAUUGUGCGCUACACGAAGAGUGGUCGGCUCACACCCGAGCUUAGCCGUGGAAGGAAGACGGUUGUGUUCACCUACAACACGGCGCACCGCAUUACCGCGAAUGACGCGGAGACCACGGUGGAGCAUGGGCUGACUAUGGUGCAUUUCACGCACACACGCUUUGUGGACCUCACGGACAUUGUGCACUGGUCCAGUAUGCCGUUUUUGCACGGCGUGGUGGACGCUUUCAAGGCUGAGUAUCGUGUGAUACUGAUGAGACGCGCGGUGCGAUCGAAUCUAUUCCACGAUGAUUUCGAAGCGCCGUUUUCCGUGGUGAAUUACAGUGUCAUGCUGCUGUGGGUGGGCUUGGCGUGGAAGGCGCUGACGGCGGCAACGAUGCAAAGGAGCUGGUGGAGGGCGGGAUGCGUCCCGGAGUCAUGGUGGGAGCUGAUGUGGCACCUGCACGGCAUGUACUCGGCAGGCAUGUACGAUCCGCUGGUCUCUACCACGGCGGACCUCCUGGUGCUGCUACGUGAGUUCCGUGUGCGGCCAGCUAGUUAUAUGCCGGCGUCCAAUUACGUGACCUGCGAUGAGUGGUUAAUGGAGAAGGCUGGUGUGAAGUUGGUGACGCCCACUACGCCCAUGUCUUCAGGGGACGAGGGCGAGAUGUGCCUGCCGGAUGGGCCUCUGAUGCGUGACGAACGAAGCCGACGACGUGCCAUCCGCAAUGUGACGAACGCGUACGUGUGUCACGCGGAGGCGCUGGGGAUUGCUCCUGCGGAGGUGGCGAAUGUUGUUGGCGCCUCUGAUGGAGAGGUGGUUAGCCGCCUAAGCCGCACACCGAAGAAGCGUGCGCGCAGUUCGGGGUCGUCGGACAGUGGGUCCGUGUAG